UUGGAAAUGAUGCAAAACCAAAGUUUUGUAGCUGAGUUUAUCCUCCUAGGACUUUCACAGAACCCACAAGUUCAGAAACUGGUAUUUGCUGUAUUUCUGCUCAUCUACAUUGCCACUGUAGGGGGCAACUUGCUGAUUGUGGUGACCAUCAUCAGCACUCCAGCUCUACUGGGCUCCCCCAUGUACUUCUUCCUGGCAUUCCUGUCCUUCCUGGAUGCUUGCUUCUCUUCCGUCAUUGUCCCAAAGAUGGUGGUGGACUCUCUCUAUGAGAAGAAAACCAUCACUUUUGGAGGUUGCAUGGCCCAGCUCUUUGCUGAACAUUUCUUUGCUGGGGUGGAAGUGAUUGUCCUCACAGCCAUGGCCUAUGACCGCUAUGUGGCCAUCUGUAAGCCCUUGCACUACUCUUCCAUCAUGAAUUUGAGACUGUGUGGCAUUCUGAUGGGAGUAGCCUGGGCAGGGGGCUUCCUGCAUUCCAUCAUACAGAUUCUCUUCACUUUCCAGCUGCCAUUCUGUGGCCCCAAUAUCAUCGACCAUUUUAUGUGUGACUUGUAUCCAUUACUGGAGCUUGUCUGUACUGACACUUACGUCUUUGGACUUUUGGUGGUAAGCAACAGUGGACUUAUCUGCAUCAUAAUUUUCUCCUUGCUGCUGGUCUCCUAUGGUGUCAUCUUAUUCUCCCUGAGAAACCAUAGCACUGAAGGGCAGAGGAAAGCCCUCUCUACCUGUGGGUCCCAUAUUGCUGUUGUGAUUCUUUUCUUUGUCCCCUGUAUAUUUGAAUAUGCACGACCUCCAACUGCUUUCUCCUUUGACAAGACUGUGGCGAUAUUUUACACCAUCCUAACUCCCUUUCUCAAUCCCUUGAUUUAUACUUUUCGGAAUAGGGAAAUGAAAAAUGCUAUGAGAAAACUGUGGAACAGAGUUGUUGUAGUUUCAAAUGAAAAAUAA